CUUUUUCUUCCCCUCUCUCGUUGGCUCCGCCCUCGAAGGGAGCGGAGCGAGCCGCCUCUCCUGGCUUGAGGGUCAGCGAGGGGACGGCGCGGCUGCUGCUACCUGCUUCGCGAGCAGCUGCCGGAAACAUGGUGGGACGGAGUGGGGCGAUCGCUGCCGGUGUGUGCGGGGCCCUCUUCAUCGGCUACUGUAUUUACUUUGACCGCAAGAGACGGAGCGACCCCAACUUCAAGAACAGGCUUCGAGAGCGAAGAAAGAAACAGAAGCUUGCUAAAGAGAGAGCUGGACUUUCAAAGUUACCCGACCUUAAAGAUGCUGAGGCUGUUCAGAAGUUCUUCCUUGAAGAAAUACAGCUUGGUGAGGAAUUACUAGCCCAAGGUGAAUAUGAAAAGGGUGUUGACCACUUGACAAAUGCCAUUGCUGUCUGUGGGCAGCCACAGCAGUUGUUGCAAGUUUUACAGCAGACUCUUCCAUCACCAGUGUUCCAGAUGCUUCUGACUAAGCUGCCAACAAUAAGCCAGAGAAUUGUGAGUGUACAGAGCUUGGCCGAAGAUGAUGUGGAAUGAGAAACAUGUCAACAUAAUAAAACUUAAUAAAAAAAUUUUAAAUAAUUCUUAGCCCAGAAGAUGAGCAGCAAUGGGGGGGAAGGGCAAACAUACUAGUUAUGGACUCUGUAUUACACUGAAAUCUACCAAAGUUGAUUUUAACUUUGUGUAGGUAGGUUUGCUUGGAUUUUAUUUAUUUAUCUUAGUGAGAAGUGUAUUUUGAUAAAAAAAAUCAUUUUAUAAAUACACUAUGAAUUAUCUAAAUAUCACUAAUUUCAUUUGUUACUAAAAUAUGCAGUUGUAAGAUACAUGUGACAUAACACUACUACAUGUUAAAAUACCCAGUGCUCAUUUUUGAAAAAAGUUAAGGCAAUAAAAAGAAUUAUGCACUCCAUGUUAGAGCACUAACUGGUGGCUUUGGUUUAUCCUAGUAAAUUUUGUAGUGUAUUGGUGAACUGAGAACUUUUUAUUUUUUAAUUUACCAAAGCUAACAAUCUGUGAAGUCACUGGAUAUGAAGUAUUUCCUAUUCAUAAAGAUAAUCAUGGAUACAUUUAGGGGAUAUUUUUGGUUUACAGGGCAACAGCAACCAAAAAACUCUUGAAAAUUAAUUUUAUUUAAAACAAACUUAUGAAUCUUGGAUAUUUAUUUUGCAGUUCAGAGUUAAUGGAAAGAGCACUGAACCUAGUAACAAUCAAGAAACUUGUGUUCUAAUUUUAUUCUACCACUAACAGCUGUGAUUGAUAUAGGACAGAUUCCUUUAUCACAGAACCCAAUCCCUAUAAAAUGAGAGAUUUGUAUUAAGUAAAGAGUUCUUUUCAGCUCUAUGAUGAUACUCUAUUAUAGAGUUGUGGGUUUUUUUGUUUUUGUUUUUGAGUCUAAAAAUCAGUUGAGAAGAAAAAUUUUCUGACUGUUGACUAUCCAAAAGUAAGUACUGGGUUAUCUCAGGAUAUUGUGAAUUCCCCAUCAUUGGAGGUCUUUAAAUUGGAGACUGUAUGAUCUUGGAAAUCUUUUUCAGGUAUGUGUUGGAUUAGAUGAUUUCUAAGGUGAAGUCUCUUCCAACCCUGAUACCAUUUCAUUUAGAGUAAGUUUUAACCUAUGCCAUAACUUCUUCUUUGCAUUUAUCUCCUUGGUCUUUAUUUAUUUCUUCUCUACACCUUCAGAUCUUUGGUUUAUUUGCUUUCUUGAAUAUUGAAACACCAUUGUUUGACAUAGUAAAUGAAGGCUUUUUCAGAGAGGGAUUGGGCUGAUUGAAAACUAAAGUCUGUCAUCUGGUACAUAUUGGGAUAUUCUAGACUGAAAACUGUCUAUAUUUCUGAACUAUAGACUGGCUUCAAUAAUAAUUUGCUAUGACCUGUUUAUAAAAAUUUUCUUUAAAAGUUAUGAGUAUAUGUUCUCUUCCAUAGCAUUGAAAUCUUGUUUAUAAUCGUAAGAAAUGAGGACCUGAUAGUGGGGGAGAAGAGGAGGCCAUUCUGCCAAGGGGAAUAAAGUUUUUGUGGAGCUCCUUGCUUGCUGAUCUGAGCAUGUUGUAUUACAAUAGCAGUGCUGUUAGGCUGCAGCUAAUUAGGGGGGAAGAGGGUUACUACUGAGAGCUAAGACAAGGAAAGUUCAAGCUUCUUUGGAAGAAAUAAGGCAUCAUAGAGUGGAGCAGACCACUUAAACAUUGAAGGGAAAGAAUGAAAAUUUUGGAGAAUUCUAAGUUAUAGAAAAAUUGCUGAUUUAUAGUGGUGGAAUUUCUAUAACAGUGGUUCCCUACACUCAGGAAAUCAGAGAUCUGGACCAGAAAAAACCCAAGUCAUCCAAAUACCUCUAAGUGAAAGGAAGAGGACAAGAAUGGGGUAAACUUGGAUACAGGAAAGUAAAGGAUUAUCCAUGUUCUUGUGACAUUAAGGCCCAGUAAACAGUCCUUUGCCCCUGCUAUUUCUGACCCUAAAACUUAAAUUGGGCCCCUGUUGUGAGAAUUUUUUAGUGAAUUGAUAAGGGAAUAUUUUCCUUAUUUAUUGUUCAUUGAAGAAUGAAAUUUUUUUAAACAAAUCAUAAUUGUGUUUUGGGAGAGCAAGUACAAAUAUAAUGGUGUUCUUAAUUUUUUGCACCUGGUCCAUGUUCUCUUCCUAAAGGAUUUAAUGUUUUAUGAAGCGGGGGGGCCCCCCACCCCCUCCAAUCUGUUUUGGUAAUGUCAAAGUCCAUCAUGUUUAAGUGAAACAAAUGUACCCUUUCCCUAUCACUCACCUACCCCCUUUAAGAAAGGAACAAAUUGUGUACAACACGUGCACUUGCACAAAACCUUUGGAAAUGGGAAGUCAUGAGCUUUCAGAGGUUGACAAGUUUCUUUUUAGGGACAAAUUUUUUUGAUCUGUUUCGUAAUUUCAUGCUUGGUAUAAAGCAUCAGGAACAUUUUGGACAUGUGUGUGUUUACCUGAAGGUAGUAGUUAUACUAUCAGAUGAUUUUUAGCAAUUACCCAAAUGGAGUAUGUUUUUGUUACAUUAUUCAACCUGUGGACAAGGGUUGUUGCUCAGAAUAUAAAAUGUUAUAAAAAUUUCAACAAUGUCGGUUUAUUACAUAAGCAUUAUACAGAACUUUCAGUCUUACAAAAGAUGAAUCUUUAAAAUGUUGCUUGUGCCUCAAGCUGUUAAAUAGUGAAAUAUUAAAGGGCUUGGAGAACA